AUGAGUCAUUUGGAUAAAGUUUAACCAGUUAUUAAGAACUCUGAUAUGAGUGUUGAAAUGUAGAAGGAAGUUGAAGAAGUAGCUAAAAAAGCUAUCGAUUACUGUAACACUGAUAAAGAAAUAGCCACAUUUAUUAAGGAUGAUUUUAGAUCUCGUUAUCAUGGAACUUGGCAUUGUAUUGUUGGCAGAAACUUUGGAAGUUUCGUCACUUUUGAGCGUAGUUACUAUAUUUAUCUUUAUGUUGGAUAGCUCGCUAUUUUGCUUUUCAAAACCGGUUGA